AUGACAGCAGCAUCCCACCUCCUGCGCCAUACUGACUCCGGGGCACUAACUGUUAAACACUUUGUUGACUCCUUCCAGCGCAUAUGGCUCGACUCGCGACCAGCCCGGACGGGGCGGAAGCCAGAUGCUCGCCUGCCGCGCCGACUCGGUCUCGCCAUCAGUGGAGGUGCAGACUCCAUGGCUCUCGCAUAUCUGUGCAAGCAAUGGGAAACGACCCGCAUCACGGACAAUGAUGUGACCGUCACGGCAUUUGUAGUCGACCAUAAAGCCCGCGAGGAGAGUACUCGCGAGGCCAACAUGGUCGCCGGAUGGCUCGACAAUAUGGGCCUCAAAACCCAAAUCCUCGAGCUGUCAUGGCCCGAAAGCAAAGUCUCUGCGUUUGAAACACACGCUCGACGUCUACGCUUCCAGGCCCUCGGCCAGGCAUGUCGAGCCCAAAACAUCGAGACCCUUCUCAUGGGCCACCACCAAGACGACAACGUUGAAACCACCCUCUGGAGACUCUGCACGGGGGCCAAGGGUGCCGGCUUAGCAGGGAUCCCGCCAGUGACGCGCAUCCCCGAAUGCCAUGGUCUUUUCGGAGUCGCAGAGAGCGGAUCCUCGGUCUCGCUGAAGCCAGCCAGGGAUACCAGGUUUCGAAUCACCCACACCAAUGAGCUCCAGCUUUUCUCUCCUCCAGCAGCCGAGAGGAAAGCAGAGGAAGAUUACCGCAUAUCAACCGGUGGGAUAUCCAUUUGUCGUCCCCUCCUCGCCUUCCCUAAGACCAACCUCCUCGCAACCUGUCAUGAAAACAACAUCCCCUUCGUCUCGGAUCCAACCAACUUCGACCCAACCCUUACUCCCCGCAACACCAUCCGCAGUCUACUGUCGGAAAACAAACUCCCUCGUGCACUUCACCCACCGUCAAUCCUCUCUCUGAUCCAGAAAAGCAAUACUCUUCUCCAAUCCGCAACGAACUCCUCCAACGACUUGCUCAGACAAUGCACCCUUCACUCUCUCGCCCCCUCGACAGGGACUCUGAUCGUCAACUUCCCCCAACCCGUCCACAAUGACCACCAAACCAACCCCAGCCCAAACCCAACCCCCGAUCCUCAAAUUCAAUCCCUCACUCUCCGCCGCAUCACCGAACUCAUCUCCCCUUUCCCAGAGAAUCACUUCUCUCUACGCAGCUUCGAACCUUUCACCUCUCGUGUCUUUCCCUCCUCUUCCUCCCCCUUUACCCAGAACCAGAACCAGAACCAGGAUCAAAACCAGGACCCCUCCCCCCAAAACAGAAACAACAACCCUUCACCCUAG